GUGGAUAUGAAUGUGGGUGUGUUGUGUUGAAGUGUACAUUGUUUAGGCUGGUUCCUUGAUCCUUGUGGAGGGCUCUUGAUUCAGGGACUUGGAGGUAGCCUGCCCAUUUGUGGACUCAUCCCCCUCCAUACUCAUUAGCCAGGCGCUGUAUGACCCUUACGGGUCUAACGCUUCGUCGUAAAUAUGCCUCCACCUCUGCCAGUAUCUUCCGUUAGCCCAAGUCGUCUGAUCUCCAAGAUGAUGCAGAUGUGCUUGGGGAGGUUUGUGUCUUUCAAUGUAGUUCAUUUGAACUCAUAAAAUAUAUGUGGGAUGAAGAGACGUUAUCGUUGGUGCUACCUGGCAUGUUGCUUUAGUGUUGUGUGUUGAAAAGUAGUUGCUAACUGCAUUGAACAAGAGUUAGUGAUGGAACUGGUGUGGAGUGUGUUGUGGUGGGUGUAUGCCCUUGUCUUCCUCAUACUCUUCUUAUCAGCAACAGUCCACCACCCCCUGGGUCUGCGCAAACAUUAUAUAAGCAUACUCCUACGACUGUUUGCUUUUGGCCAGGAGCGUGUGGAACGCAAACGUUCGUUACGCUCUCGUAAUGAAAUAGACGAGCCAGACUCCUCUUUUGAGGACCAAGAUAUACCAUUAAUAUCUUCUGAGCAUCCAAGAGCUCUGGGCAUCAAGGAUGACAUCAAGGGGUUCAAACUUGAUCAUGUGUUGGAGUACAUCAGUGCAGGAAUGGCAGUUGUCAUAGAAGAUGAUGUGACCAAAUCAUUUGAGCCAGAAGAGCUCCCUGCUUGGAAUCUUCUGUCACGCACAAACAACCGAGCAUAUGAAUUUGUGUCUUUCCGCCUUACAAUCUGUUGGGUUGUUGGCUUUCUCAUUCGGUACUUCCUUUUCUUUCCCUUACGUAUUGUCAUUCUAAUCCUUGGUACAGUGCUCUUCUGGAUUUGUAUGUUAGCUGUUGGACUUCUUCCAAAUGGAAGUGCAAAAAGAUGGCUUAAUGAGAAGCUCCUUGUGUUUUGUUUUGAUUUUAUAGCCGGAUCAUUAUCUCUGGUUGCCACUUUCCACAAUGAAGAAUAUGCUCCCAAGAAUGGCAUUGCUGUUGCUAAUCAUACUUCACCCAUCGACUCUAUGGUGCUGGCUACACACAACUGCUAUGAUAUGGUUGGCCAGAAACAAGAUGGAUUUUUGAAAAUCUUUAUGACAGCAUUGAGCAGAGCUUCAACCCAUAUUUGGUUCGAGCGUUCUGAUGCCAAGGAUAGGUCACUUGUUGUGAAAAGAUUAAAGGAACAUGCCUGCAACAGUGUUCUUCCACCCAUCCUCAUCUACCCUGAGGGUGUGUGUGUCAACAACACUACAGUGGUGCAGUUUAAGAAAGGAGCAUUUGAGAUUGGCUGUGUCAUUCAUCCGAUAGCCAUUCGCUUUGAUGCACGCUUUGGUGAUCCAUUUUGGUGGCAAGACAAGUUCUUUCAUUAUGUUCUAUACAUGAUGACAUCCUGGGCCAUUGUCUGCAAUGUCUGGUAUCUUCCACCAAUGACCAGGAAUCCUGGCGAAUCUGCCAUUGCUUUUGCUAACAGAGUGAAGGCCAAGAUUGCUCAUCAAGGGGGUAUGAUUGACCUAUCAUGGGAUGGCUUCUUGAAAACCAACCCGGUGAAGGAAGAAUGGAAGAAGCGCCAGCAAGAGGAAUUUGCAAAGCAUUUGCAGGUUAAGGAUGAAUUAAAAAUCACUGAGUCAGUAAAGGAAAAAGAGGAAUAGAGAACCUAAACCAUAUAGUAUGUAAAACAUGGUUCAAGUUUUAUUGUUUUAAGGCAAAAGAUCUGAAAAAGGUGGGAGUUUUUAUACAAAAAGAAAGCCAAAAAAAAAAUCAAAACUUUUUUAUGAAUAAUAAACACAAUUAAGGAUUUUUGAAAAAAAAAAAUCACAAAAUGACAGGCUUUUACUAUAAUUACAAACACUAGCUGGAGACACAUUGUGUCCUCUUGAAUACAUCGCUACAAACUAGUGCCUCACAGUUGAGUAUAGUGUAUAGCUAUUAUGAGUGUGUGUGUGUGAAGCAUGUGGCCAGUAGCUUAUUGUGUGUAUGAGGUAUGUGGCCAUUAGCCUGUCUUCUAUUUAGUGAGUGUGAAGUACAUGGCCAGUAGCCUGCCAUGUGUGUUUAGUGAGAGUGAUGUAGACAGUAGCCUGCCAUGUGUGUGUGUAGUGUGAUAUGUAGCUGUAUAUGAAAUUGCCUGUACGUAAUUAAAUGAGUAGAGGUAUAUUCAUGGAGUCCAGUCUUUUAUAUUUAAUUUCCCAUCAAUAUUUGUUCAAACUUGCUAUGGAAAAUUAAAUUUACCUGGAUGAAUCUCAUUAGAUACAUACCAGUAAAUGGUAACAAAGAUAAUUAUUAUUUAUCAAAGUUACAUAGACAAGUAGGAAUUUUAAGACAUCUAGGUCACAAAAAAUGUCCCCCUUCGAUACCUACUACUGUCAUAUCCAUAAGUCACUCUUGACCUAUAUUAAUUUCAAAUGAAAUAUACAUUACCAUGAAUUAUGGUAAACAUUAAUAUAAAUUUGUGGACUGUAUGUUAAAAUUAAUAAAUGAUUUCAUAUACACAUUUAUAUAACAGAAGGAGAAUUUAUCUUAAUACCACUCACCAAUUAGUAUGGAGAUUCCUGUGUGUCAUGUACAGAACCCCCCCCCUGUCUAAAUUUAUGAAGAAAAUACUGGCCAGAAUUCUAACAUAAAUAUACAGACAUGACUUAGCUGGGGUAAUAUCCUGUUUCCAUAUAAAUACGGAGUCCUGUCCAGUCGCCUGAUUUCUCACGUUAUGCAGGACUGCAAUUCCAACAAUUUCGGCUCCUAUUUGAGAGGUUUUAAGCCAAAUAUAACCCCUAGAGCGACGAAAAUUAUUCACAUUACACUAACGUGCCUGUACCACAUUCAAAAGCAAUGGCGUUUCUCCCCCCAGUGAUGCUCACCCAUCGCUGGUUCAUUUAUUUAUUUACGAAUUAAUUUUUAUUACCUACAAUAUAGGUCAUCAAUUUACAUAUAAAAUACACUGUAUUUUUGGAAAAUAUACAGUAUUUUCUACACUUGCCUUUGUUGUGGCUGAAAAGCAAGAGCAAGUGUGUGUGUGUGUGUAUGUAUGUACUUGCCUAUUUCUGGUUGCAGGGGUUGUGUGUGUGUGUGUGUGUGUGUGUGUGUGUGUGUGUGUGUGUGUGUGUGUGUGUGUGUGUGUGUGUGUGUGUGUGUGUGUGGUGGGGUGUUAGUGUGUGUUAGUGUGUGUGUGUGUGUGUGUGUGUGUGUGUGUGUGUGUGUGUGUGUGUGUGUAAGUGUGUGUGUGUGUUAGUGUGUGUAUGUGUUAGUGUGUGUGUAAGUGUGUUAGUGUUACCAUUUUGUUCUAAGCACUUUUUGAAUAGACACUAGGCCUGUGUAUGUGUGUGUGUGUGUCUGUCUGUGUGAGAGAGAGGGGGGAGGCUCACAAUAUCAUACUAGCAUGAUUCUAAACAGCUCACUAAACAGAGGAUUUGGACUCGGUCCUAAGACAUAUUUGUAGUGGUACCACUGGACCCUGAUCAGUACAUUUGUUGUGGAAAAUAUUUUUAGCUGGAAUGUGUACAAUGUAUACAAAUGCAUGCCUAGUUUAGCUAAAUUUACACAUUAUAAAAGUAAGUCACUCAUACAAUAUAUUUUUCUGUAUAUUUACUAUCCUUGGGUUACAUGAGGUAUUGAGAGAGUAAUAUUGUAUAUGCUAAAUUGUUAAUAAAUACAUCAUGUGAGAUGUGCCAUUUUGAUUGACAAAGGCCGUGGAGGAGCAGCUGGACUGAGGCAAUUCCUGUUGUCUCAGUGCUAGGGAACCAAAGGUCAUACCCAGAAGAUCUCUUGACACUAUGAGUUGGCCAGUGGGAGCCAAGAACUUUUUAUUUUCAUGAAUCCAUUAUAUUUAAUUUUAUUUUUAAAAUUGGCCAUCUCCCACCAGAGUAGGGUGAUCCAAAAAAUGAAACUCAUUCACCAUUCAUUCAAUACAAUUUAAAUGGCCCUCUGAUAUGCAUAUAUAUUCCUACCCCUCCUUCAGAGUGCAGGCACUGUUCUUCCCACCUCCUGGACUCCAGGCCAGCUAACCAGUGCCUGAAUCCUUUCGUAAAAGUUACCUUACUCACAUUCCAACAGCAUAUCAAGCCAUGAAAACCACUUGUCUCUCUGACCAUCCAGCAUGCUCAAGCAAGCAAGCUGGAUAGUCAAGCUCUAGCACUCUAAAUCACCUGUAACUUCCCUGCCCUUUUCCCUAUCUUUCAUCCCUUCCUAGUAUGACUCCUACCCAUCCUUCCCUCCACUCCAGAAUUAUACACCCUAUUGGUCAUCCUGUACUAAUCUCCCCUGAAUGAUGAUAAUAUGAGAAAUCAUGAAAGGGCUUGGAAUUUCACUAUUUUUUCACAGUGCUUGUUCUGCAUAUUGUGAUAUCACCUGUUUACUGUGAUCUUAUUGCUUCUAGAAUUCUUUGUUUUAUGCUAUAGUCAUUCGAUGAGUCCUUAAACACUUAAUUACACACAAUAAAAUUGUCAGUGAACUUUCCAAACCAUACCAAUCGCAUGUGGCGAAUAUAUACCACAUACUGUAUAUGAAAUUGCUGAAAUAGGAUAUUACAUAUUAGCAAAUUUGCAUGAAGUAAAUCCCCAAAGAUAUUGAGGCCUGUAGUUAAAAAGAGAAGUCUUCCAUAUACUUAUGAAACAAAUUUUAUAUCAUAAAAAAAUAUUACAUUUAGGCCAAACUGCCCAUAACAGCCUAAGUCUAUGCCACAUGUUUUAGCUAUCAUAAUACAGUCUUAGCUAAAUCAGCAAAAAAAUUGUAUACUAGGCAUGGAGGGAGCAGUCAGACUAAGGGAUAAUACAUAUAAUUUAAGAUGCCCAUAAGGCAGUUGACGACAGCAUAACAGUUCAUUUGCUUUUCGGCAUCGUGAUUUAAAUAUUAAACCAAUAAACCUUGUUCCAAGGGCACCGGACUGACCUGUGCAUCUGUUGCCUAAAUAAUGUGUGUGUCUGUCUAGAUUAACUGUAAUAUAUACUACAAGAUAGUUAAAGCUGCUGGGGUAGUAAGCCAAUAAAACUGCCAUUGUUUAGAUUGUUUGACACCUUUAAUAUAAAAUAACAUUCUAAGAGAAGAAAUACUCAGUGUAAGCAAAUUCAGAGUAUACUGUGGGACAGUGAGAAGCUGUGGUAACAGCCAAUAAGAAUUGAGUACUUCAUUAUGUAACUGAUGGAAUGAGAUGUCAUUCAAGGUGAAUUCAGGAUAACAAUUGUUCAGCAUAUACAGGAACAGGUAAGUAUCACAUAGCUGUUCAGAAUAGGAAGCUCUUUAUAUGUAAUGUUCAAGUCUGAUUCCUAGAUGGGUUGUUGAUGUAUUUUCUAAGGACUUUGUAAUUUCUUGUUACUUCAUGACCUCAUAUUUAAAUUACAGAACAGUUGGGGAUAAAACCUAUGGCAGGCAAGUCUUAAAACUUCCAAGAGAGUGUGUUAAGCACUGGAUCAGCUGCCAUCUGACACUGGAUUGGGAGUUUGAGGACUUGGCUGCCAUGGGUUCAACCCUCACUCAUUCUGUGAUUUGUUUGCAGUUGUGUUAUUAUGAUUUUGUGAGACCCCAGUAAGUAAAUAUACAUUUCCUGUGAGAUAAUCAUUAUUACACUGCAUUUCCAGUGUUGAAUAUACAGUUAAAAUGACUCAAAGGGGAGUUUUAGAGAGGGAUGUAACUCAUACUGUAAAUAUCUCCUAGUGUGUUGUGUGACUCCAUUGUGUAUCUCUUCUUGUAUAAUGUGUGUGUGUACUAUGUAACUACUUGUGAGGUGUGUGAUUAGUAUGUAAGUGCUUGUGUGAUGUAUUGUUAGUGCCUAUUAGUGUAUGUGAUAUUUAUGUACAGUAUGUCAUUGCUUGUAUGAUGUGUGGUUCUUGACUCCUUGCUUUUCAUUACUACAUUCAGUAUACUUUAAGUGCCCUACUACAUGUAUUACAUGAUUGAUACCUCACAUUAUUAUUUGGUUUGCCACAGCUUCGCAGCAGUGUUGAUAUAUGAUUAAUAAUGUAGCCAAAUGUGGUAGUAUGAUCAGUAUGUCUCAGUGUGUGGUAUGUAGACACCAUCAGUUAGCAAAGUCACAUAUCUUACAAGCAACAUUGGAAAAUGGAACCUGCACACAGUUCAGGUGCUAUUGUUAUAAAUGUUCUACUGAGAAGUGAAUAUAUUUUACCACAGAGCACUAUUCAUUUGCUUUACCAAAGGUUUCUUUUUUGUGUAUGGUAAUUAUUUUUGUACUAUGAGGUGCAUGAUUAGAUUUUUAAGUAAAUGACUAAGUUCUUGCCAAAGAUGGCAUAUGGCUAAUGUUUUACUAUACGAGGUAUUUAACCAUUGUGCAAGUGUUAGUGAUGAAAGCUUUACUUUGCAUCAGAUGUGUGAUUAGUACCUCGCCAAGUGUGUUAUGCUUGUACACUUUUAAGGUAGCUUUUAAGAAAUGUGAUUAGUUUUUGGGGAAAUUCUUGUUUUUUAUUAAAAAUACACUUAAAGGCAGUUUU